AGGAGGAGGAGGAGAGCCGGACGCGUCCUGCGGUCGAGCGGAGCCCAUGGAGGAGCCCGACUACCUGGGAAGCAGCGCGGCCGCCGAGUGGGGGGACGACGGCGGCGACGGAGGGGCGCAAGAUGAUGAAUAUGGUGAAGAAGAUGACGCUGGUGUCCAGCAGGAAUGUUUGCAGAAAUUUUCCACCCGAGAUUACAUCAUGGAGCCCUCCAUAUUUAAUACUUUGAAAAGGUAUUUCCAAGCAGGUGGCUCUCCAGAGAAUGUGAUCCAGCUCUUAUCGGAUAACUAUACUGCUGUAGCUCAGACAGUAAAUCUUUUGGCUGAGUGGCUCAUUCAAACAGGUGUUGAGCCCAUUCAAGUCCAGGAGACAGUGGAAAACCACCUGAAAAGCUUGCUGAUUAAGCACUUUGAUCCUCGGAAAGCAGAUUCAAUUUUCACAGAGGAAGGAGAGACGCCAGCAUGGCUUGAGCAAAUGAUAGCGCACACUACAUGGCGGGAUCUCUUCUACAAACUGGCCGAAGCUCAUCCAGACUGUCUCAUGCUGAACUUUACUGUCAAGCUUAUCUCUGACGCUGGGUACCAAGGGGAGAUAACCAGCGUAUCAACAGCAUGCCAGCAGUUGGAAGUUUUUUCUCGAGUUCUGCGUACUUCUCUGGCUACUAUCUUAGAUGGUGGGGAAGAAAACCUGGAGAAGAAUUUACCUGAGUUUGCUAAAAUGGUGUGCCAUGGUGAACACACGUAUCUCUUUGCCCAAGCGAUAAUGUCCAUAUUAUCUCAAGAAGAGCAAGGUGGCUCUGCUGUACGCAGGAUUGCUCAAGAGGUUCAGCGGUUUGCUCACGAGAAAGGCCACGAUGCUAGUCAGAUCACUUUAGCUCUGGGAACGGCUGCCUCGUACCCUCGAGCCUGCCAAGCACUUGGUGCCAUGUUAUCGAAAGGAGCAUUGAACCCAGCAGACAUCACAGUCUUGCACAAAAUGUUUUCAAGCAUGGAUCCUCCUCCGGUAGAACUGAUCAGAGUUCCCGCUUUCCUGGAUCUCUUCAUGCUAUCGCUGUUUAAGCCAGGUGCCAAGAUCAAUCAGGACCAUAAACACAAAUACAUUCAUAUUUUGGCAUAUGCAGCUAGCGUUGUGGAAACAUGGAAAAAGAACAAGAGAGUGAGCAUAAAUAAAGAUGAACUCAAGUCCACCACAAAAGCAAUUGAAACUGUUCACAAUCUUUGUUGCAAUGAAAAUAAAGGCGCCUCUGAACUCGUAGCAGAACUGAGUACCCUCUACCAGUGCAUCAGGUUUCCAGUAGUAGCAAUGGGGGUACUGAAAUGGGUUGACUGGACAGUGUCAGAGCCCCGAUAUUUCCAGCUUCAGACUGAUCAUACUCCAGUGCACUUGGCGCUGUUGGAUGAGAUCAGUACAUGCCAUCAACUUCUUCAUCCUCUGGUCCUGCAGCUUCUGGUCAAACUCUUUGAGACAGAGCAUUCUCAGCUCGAUGUCAUGGAACAGCUGGAACUUAAAAAAACCCUUCUGGACAGGAUGGUUCACUUGCUCAGUCGAGGAUACGUCCUUCCGGUGGUUGGCUACAUACGGAAGUGUCUCGAGAAGCUGGACACGGACAUUUCCCUGAUCAGAUACUUUGUGACUGAGGUGCUGGAUGUCAUUGCUCCUCCGUAUACCUCUGACUUUGUGCAGCUUUUUCUUCCAAUAUUGGAGAAUGACAGCAUUGCAGGAACGAUUAAGACCGAAGGCGAGCAUGACCCUGUCACGGAGUUCAUAGCUCACUGUAAAUCGAACUUCAUCAUGGUCAACUGAACCAGCAGAGACACCCACUUACAGUUGCUGUGGAUGAACUGCAGAGCGACAUAAUGCAA